AAGGAGGCAGGCAGUGGACUCGUUUCUGCCUCCAACGCACAAUCAGUGCGAUUGAAAUAAAAGCUCAGUCACUCGAUGAAGCUAUUGGCUGGGAGGCUUCAGGUCCCUGCGCACUGGCGAUGGACCGCUCUCAUAAACAGCGCUCACACUGACUCCACACACACACGCACACACACACACAUCAAAGUGAAUGGGAACAUGUCGCAGUACACUCUGGGAGUCCACCUGCAGAUCCUGCUGGCUGUGGGUCUGGCUGUGUUCUGCUACUGUCUGGUUCUCGGUUGUAUCCUUUGCUGUCGCAGACGGAAGAGUGUUUCAUUGCAGGAUAAAGAGGCAGUUUUUUUGGCUCCUCAUCCUGCUGAGAGGGUGACUGUGACAUUGACUCCAUCUCCAUGCACUCAACCUGUCAAGCAGCAGUAUGAGGAGUUAGAUGGGGAUGUGCUGGAAUUCCCUUCCUUCAAAAGCAGCUCUUCUCCCUCUGAGGAUGACCUCAGUGCUUUGCCCUUUGACUCCAGUCCUACCAGAUCAGCUGAGCUGGUGCAGUCACCUGGGACUUCUUUUCCGAUGCGACGCCUCAGCACGCCGGCUGUUCCCUGCUCACCCAAUAAACGUACAAACCAUGGCAGAGCCUCUCUUCCCUCCCUCACUAAGCUGAGCUUGGUGACCAAGUCCCGUCGGGCAAUGGGUCGACGCAGCACAGUGAGCGGGGAAAGUUUUCUUUACAACGAGAGCAGUCAACUGACUGUCGGUGCUGCUAGAUCUCCCACCCAGCAAGGGUAUAGGUCACAGUAUGGAUCCAACUUACUGUCCAUCCCAUCGAAGCCUGCUCCUCUCCUACACUUCUCUUUGCUCUUCUCCUCUGCAUGCGGCACCCUGGCGAUCAACAUCCUGGGGCUCUCAGGGGCCAGUCGAAGGCGCAGUGGGGUGUUUGUCCGGGCUAGCCUUCCUCCCUGCUGCCCCUCCCCUCAGCAGAUAUCCUCUCGGCGCCGCAGCCUCAGCCCAGACCUCCAAAACCAGAGCUUUGUGCUGCAGGUGGGCUCUGUGGAAGAGCUGCGCACCUGUACCUUGAGACUUGCUGUGUACAGCAGGGACUUCUCAGGCCUAAGAGAGGCUGCGCUGGGGGUGGUGGAGCUGCCCUGUGAGCAGGUGGAUUGGGAGCCUGACACCACCACCACCUACACCAGACAGCUUAGCCCAACUAAAACCAAGCUGAAAAAGAGUGUGAGCUCUCAGGAAACAUUUGGUCACAGGAGGAAGAGCUCGGUGUGUGUGCCACGGGCUUUAGGCCAGCUGUUCAUCCUGCUGCAGUACCAAACGCUGGCCCAGCGCAUCAAGGUGAUGGUCCGAAAGGCUGAGAAUCUGGCCAAGCUCACACGGAUCCCUGGAGCUCCAGACCACUAUGUUGUCAUCAACCUGCGUUUAGAUGGAAAAAUCAUUGGUACCAAGGAGACCAAAGGGACCAGCGGUCCAAACCCCGUCUGGAACGCUCCCUUCCUGUUUGACCUGCCGUCUGGUGACAUCACUCAGCUACCAUUGGUCCUUGAGUUUAUUGUCAUGCAGGGUCGUCUCUAUACAAAAAGCAGUAUUCUGGGUCGUGUGUUGAUCGGCAGCGAUGCUUCAGAGGCGGGACAGGGACACUGGAAGGAAAUGUGCAGCCGGGGUCAAACAGAGACAGCUCGUUGGCACACCAUCCAAUCAGACCUGCUGUAGGAUUGAUAGAGUGAGUGAAGCAAAAAGAUUAUGGUGCACUCUAAUCUUCUACUCUUAAGGUAUUUAUUUUUAGGUUUGUUGUUGAUUAAACUAGAGAGAAAAAUAUCAAAUAUAAAGAUGGUCCAUGAGUAUGUACAGUGGUUUAGAGGAGCUGCUCACUGUAUGGAUGAGGGAUGUGCCGCUGCUUUCUCCAUAUCAACAGUGUUCUGCGUCCCGACAUUGUGAUUAUUUCCACUGUGACUUCUCCAAACUGUAAUCUGUAUAACUGUGUCAUUCUGGUUGUAUGUAUGCAAAUUGUGCUGAUGUUGUGGUACUGUUUGUAUUGUGCCCAGAGGCUACAAAUGUUAGCGUUGACAAGAACUUUGAUUGAUAUUCAAACAAUUACUGAGCAUAUGUGUUGAUAUUCUGCUCGUGGUUUGCUGUGGUGUGUUAUACUGUUCCAGUAUUUGUCCACAUGCUAUAAAUGCCUCUCUUUACUAACACUGUAUGUAGGAGGCCAUUACAGUGGCCUCACUGUGUGUGGCAUGCCUGCUGAAUUAUUGUUUUUUUUUUUUCUUUUGUUCAGUUCCCAGGAGGAUUUGUUUGUUGUACUCUCUUUUCAUCCACUCAGAGCUUCAUAAACAUGUGAAGGCUUGACGAAUUACAGAUACCACAACUUAGAUUUGAAUACAGCUUUACUGAAUUAUAUUCAGCCAUCUGAAUUUGGCCUGCUAAUGUGCAGUAAAGGCAUAAUAAAAGGUAUAAGAUAGUUAGAAUUUGAUUUAACCAUAAUACAAAUCACAUGAAUAUGAGAAUGAAGAACUACCUUGCAUUUUGCCUGCUGUGCAACAUGAUGUCUUUACUAGUCAAAUGACUGUCACCAAGCAACAGCAGUACCAAUUAACAUUAGUGACUGACUAUCAUGCACUACCACUAUACACUGAACCACUACACUAUACAUUGUGGCUCCGUUGCUAUUGGAUUUUAUGAAUCUGCAGCAGUGAUUCACGAGUCCUCUCAAUACAAGAGAGGCCUCAGUGGAGAACAGCAUUACAAUCGAUUGCAUGAUGACUUUUGACGUUCUUAGCAUGGCCUGACAGUUUUCUCUGCAGUCAGUGGCACACUGCACUCAGUAAAUAUAAGACAAUCUAAUGAAUUAAAUCAUCCACUAGCCAAUCGAUUAAUGCCAAAUUUAUUUUUGCAUUGGUAUUGGAAAAAAGUAGGAAUUCCUCAAGUGGAGAAUACGAAUACCUGUUGUCAUCUUUUUAGGCAUGAGGCAAACAUUAAAAUUACACUUUUAUGUCAGGAAUUAAGUAGACAUUUGUCUGGUCUGUUGAUAUCAUCAUUUGAAAUGAAAGAUUAAAAGUCCACACCACAUUGCCCAGCCUAAAGAUGUCAACAUUUCUUGGCACUUUUAUUUCAAUAUUUGAAAAAUGUGACACUUUUUCCUCUAACAAAGUGACGACGGUGUGAACAAUUCUUAACAUUUGUCAGACUUCACAUGUAUAAUGGCAUAAUAAUGAACAAUGUCAUAAUAAUGAUGGAAUAUAAUAAGUUUUAGCACUAAUGUAAGGUUUUUAGAGUGGAGUUAUUGUGUUGUGUUUGUAUUUAUUGUAUACUGACCAUGUUGAUGCCUGCUGAUGGCAUGUAUUGUCUGAACUGUAUAUGAAUGUCUUUGCGUUGAAAGGGGAACUAUUUCAAAGAAUCUAUUGAAUAAAUUGAUAUAGUAUAUAAAGGAAAUUUGCCAAACAGAUGUGGAUUUUAUUAAGUUUAGAUGAUGACCUAAGAAUCACCUUCAGAAGUUGAACAGCAGACUGAUGAUGUUAUGUAGCCUUCUUAGUGAUUUUAUGGCAAUAUGGGGAGAGUUUCUGCUUCACAGCUGGGAGACUUGCACUCAGUGAAA